GGGACUGAGGGACACCAGUCAGUGUACAGAUCUCCCCUGAGAGAGAGGGACUGAGAGACACCGGUCUGUGUAUAGAUCUCCUCAGACGGAUUCAGGAUGCUUACUUUGUGGUUAGUGUAUUGUUGUGACAUUGAAAGAGGAACUCAGAGUGUGAAAGCAUUCACACAUGGCGACAUUAAUCCGCUGAUCUAACAGUUUGUUUCACGCCCAAACGCUCAUCCGCUGCAGUCACCGCCUGCCGGAAGUCGUGCGAGGAGUUGAGUCGGAGAGGGUCUGAGAGUAGAGGGUUUUGCACUCCAGUAUCCACAGUUGGACAGACUUGGAAUCACUGGCGAAGAGAGAAGCUGCUGGAUGCCCGCCGUCUGUUCGCCAGAUCCUCAGCACCUCGCACAGAAAACCACGGCGUCCCCCUUCCUCUCUCCAGCCCACCACUCUCCCUCUCUCCAACAUUGACAACUGCCACCAGCCCUGGAUUUGGCGGGAGCCCCUGAGCGAACUGCCACGAUGCCCAGGGAGAGGGGUCUGGUCUGCCUGGUGACCGGAGGCUGUGGGUUUCUGGGGAAGCAUCUGGUGCGACUGCUGGCAGAGUGCGGCAAGGAGCUGAGGGAGAUCAGGGUGCUGGACCUGGUGUUGGACAGGGAGCUGGAGACUCUGAGCACAGCCUCUCUCAGGGUGUCUCUGAUGCAGGGGGAUAUCACCUCCCGUGGGGUCAUGGCCCACGCCGUCGAGGGGGCUGACUUGGUCUUCCACCUCGCCAGUGUCAUCGACUUCCUGGGGCUCAUCCCCGAGUCCCAAAUCCUCUCCGUCAACGUACAAGGGACCCAGAGUGUGAUUGAUGCCUGCGUGCAGCACAAUGUCCCGACCCUGGUCUACACCAGCAGCAUGGAGGCAGUGGGACCCAACUCCAAGUGGCAGCCAUUCCACAGAGGGAAUGAGGACACGGUUUACGAAUUUGCCCCUGCUUCAGUCUACGCAAAGUCAAAAUCCCAGGCUGAAGAGCUCAUCCGCAGAGCAAACGGGAUGAAGACAGCAUCCGGGAAGACCCUCUUCACCCUGGCUCUGCGUCCGCUCGGUUCCUACGGGGAAGGUUUUCCCCUGCUCUGCAACCUGGUCGAAAGAGCGUCCCGCUGCAGGGGGCACCUCUUCCGCUUCUCCUCCGCAGAUGCCUGCCUGGGGCGCGUCUAUGCGGGAAACGUGGCCUGGAUGCACCUGCUGGCUGCCCGCGCCCUGCGGGAGAAGCCCGGUCUGGUGGGCGGACAGGUCUACUAUUGUUAUGACGACUCUCCGGACAAGAGCUUCCUCGACUUCUACAUGGAGUUCCUAGCGCCCUGCGGGGUGAAGUUGGUCGGCCGGCUGCGGCCCGUCCUCCCCUUCUUCCUGGUCUUCCUGCUGGCACUCCUGGUCGAGCUCGUCAGCUUCGCCCUCCGCCCCUUCUGCACCUUCGCCCCCGUACUCAACCGCUACACCUUGCUCAUGUCCUGCUCAACCUUCACGGUCCGGACCAGCAAAGCCGCCCGUCACUUCGGCUACCGGCCGCUCUACACCUGGGAGCAGUCCCGGGCGCGAACCACACGCUGGCUGCAGAGCCUGGCCCGGCCGGGGUCUCCAUGAGCUCUGAUCCGCUCCAUCUUUUACACUGGGCCAAUCCACUCCACCGUUUGCAUCACAAUGAUCCGUUUCACGUUUUACAUCAAACCCUCAGUGCUGAUGUGCUGCGCGUUUGACAUCGGACUCGCUCUGCUUUAAUCCGCUCUAUGGUUAAAAUCAGACUCUGACCCUCCCCUCUGCACAUCUCCCUCUUUCCCUUGUCAUCUCCGUGCUGCUCCGCUCCAUGACUCUCUCUGCAAGCAACCGCUCCAUACUUUACAUUCCGUCUCUCCGUGCUGAGCCGCUCCGGGUUUUACCUCAGACUCUGCAAAGACGCGCUCCAAGUUUUAUAUUGGACUCGCUUUGCAUAAACCCACUCCAUGGUUUACAUCAGACUCUCACCCUCCUCAGCUCCCUCGACCCUUCUUUCACUGUUUACCCCCCUCUCCCUCACCCAUUUCCUUCAUCCCAUCCGCCUCCUACUUCCCCAUCUCCCUCGCAACCCCCAAUUUCCCUCACUGCUACCCCAUCCCAUACUCCCCUCUCUUCCUCGCCCUCUCCCCACCUCCCUGCCCCCUGCGGUGACUCAUUGCUCAGCGCUGAGUUGAUUUUGGAUUCUGUGGUCUGGCUGGACUUUAAUACAACGUAAAGGGCAUUGUCCUCAACUCCGUGCGCAUCGCGUCAAUGACCUUCUGAGGCCGUCCCUUCCCUCUGCUUCUCCGUUCCCCUCCCCUCUCCCCUCCGUCCCUCCCUCCAUCCCUCCUCUUCCCUCUCUCCCUCAUUUCCCCUCCCUCUCGUUCCCUCCCUCCAUCCCUUCCCCUCUCCUCUCCAUACCUCUCUCCCUCCAUCCAUCCCUUCCUUCUAUCCCUCCCUCCCACCCGUCUCCAGCUAUUCUCCUCCAUUUCCCCUCUCCCACUCCCAUACAUCUCCCACCGUAUCUCCUCAAUUCCCUCCGCAUCCCGUGACCACAGCACAUAUUCAUUCAGCCGAGUUCUGAAUGAAGACCGGAAGAGAUGAUCAGUUGAAGUUGUGUACAGAGCACAGGCCGGGACUGGCCGCUCGGAGGGUCUGGCCCGGUCAUCUCUGAGCCGCCGUGACCAACUCUUUCCACAACCCACGGCUGUGGCCAAAUGGAACACGGUUCGGUUGAUUGACGCUGGGUGUUUUCUGAGUCACAGCUCCCACAGCGGUGAGGUGAGAGUCUGGCAUCUCUGUGCCCACAAACGUUCAGCCCACUCGUGUCCCAGCCAAGGGUGUGGCCCGCUGUAGAUGUAUAUUGAAUGAAUGCCAAGGAAGUGCUUUUGCGUCGAUAUUGAACUGAACAGUGCCAUUGUGACUUUUGAAAUUGUAUUGCAUUAUAAAAAAAUGACAUAUACAUGAUUUUCGGAGACCCCAAACGAGGGGGCCUUCAGCGGACUGUGUGUUGUUACAUUACAUGUCUCUCUCCGGUGACUCGGUUCGAAGUCACAACAGUUCCCUCUCCCUCCCUCCCUCCGCCC